AUGGCUACAAUGGUGGGUUGUACGUUCCUGUUGGUGGCCGUGUGCGAAGCUGCUGGUAACGGAGGAGACCUGGCGGUGGUGACGGAGACUGGUGGGGAGGAGACGACGCCCACAGCGGCCGACAACCCGUCCGUGGACCAGGCGUGGCUGAUGGAGGCCAUCAGGGACGUGGCGUACUACCUGCGCCAGCACAAGUUCUCAGACUUCGACAGGCGCUACUUCGCUAAGGAGGAAGGCGCGCCCAGGGGAUUUUUCGGCAGUUUUCCAACGCCGCCUCUGAGGUCAUUCCAUUGGGAAGUGCAGCAAUACUGCGGAACAGACUUCUACGACUGCAUCAGAUAUUUGCAAGAGAAGGCGCUGCAGGCUGGGCUGCGCCGCCAGGAGGACACGACGGUGCUGAUGCGUCUGCACAACUGGACGCUGGCCGACGCCGACGUGGCCGCCGCCGACGCCGACUGCCGGCGCCUGCGCGACAAGGACUGGAUAGAGGCGCAGCCAUUCCGUGGGCCACUCGAGAGGUUCCAGUGGCGGACUAGCGCGAGCCUCUACCUGUGCUGGCACACGCUCCUGGGCCGCGCCGAGCUGGCGGCGCUGGGAGAGGUCUGCGACGACUGGGCCUCCUGUCUGCAGCCAGACGGCCGGAGCGACGUCAGAGCGAACGACACCCAGCCGUUCGCCUGCGCCCUCUACUCCUUCUGUCCAGAUCCCUGUUGCCCACGGCUAAAGCAUGUGUCAACAAUAGAGGAGUGCUGGCAAGAUGCUGAAGGAAACCCUUGCUGGGAGGAAGCACCAGAGGGCUCUAAGGAGUGUUCGCUGCCUUUUGAGCUCAACACUGACCUAGAUGAACUGAGACUUAAUCACUGGAAUCUUUCUUGCCAAUGUAGUCAGCCUGGGUUUGCCUGUAGUUCCAGAUUUGGCAUAUGCAUUGAUAUCGAUGAAUGUUUGGAGGGUACACAUGAGUGUAAGAAUGUUACUGAAGCAUGCCUAAACCUGCCAGGCACUUACGACUGUACCUGUGCUUAUGGUUAUAUAUACAGUGACACAGAGGAAUCCUGCAUAUAUAACAGUCUCCUGAAUUCUGGCUUAAACAAAGAAUAUUUAAAUGCAAAAGUGAAUAUAGCCUCAGCUUUAAGAGGGACUAAGCUACAGAACACUAUUCUGAGCAUAACAUUGAAUCAGUAUAUUCUAAUGUCACCAGCAUUCAUCUACAUUUACAGAAAAGUAUAA